AUGGACCCACGACAUCACCUGGACCGAAGGGGUUCAGUUGGUUGGGUCGUUUGGACCCCGGUGAAAGCCCCAACGCGCGACCCACGACUUGGGCAGCCAAGAGUUGCUCAAAAAAGUCUGAAAGCCUUGCUUCUUGCCAACCGUUUUCUGCUCGAAAUCGCUGGACGAAUGCUCGACCUGCUGACCUUGCUUUCGGCCGCCGGUCUCCAACAGGAGCUGGAAAAAGCCAAGGAGAAGACGGGAGAAGUCAUCAAAGAGGAGACCGUGGAGUCGGAUUUCUUGGGCUCCUGUGCUGAGCAGAUGGCCGAGGCCAUGGAAGGCUUCGAACGCCUGGUCGCACAGGGCUUCAGCGGAAGCUCGCAAGAAGAGAUGGUGCCGCCCAAGAAGGUCUGA